CGCAGUCCUAUUGGAGUCUCUGCACGGUCACGCAGUCGAGGAAUGUGGUGUUCGAUCAAGAUUCCAAAGACCACGUUGUACGUUGGAGGAAAACGCUGGUGUGGAUUGUUUUCAAAUGGUAAACCUAAUCUCUCGAACCGAGAGGAAAGAUGUCUGGAAGCAUGUCUGAUUCCGUGUCCGUUUUCCAAACCCAAGUUGCUUCUGUUUUGGAGGUCUUGCUUAACGUUGCAGUGGUGGAAAUAACCAAACUUUUCGAGAGCGGCUGUGUUGCGUCUGAGGGCAGUGGUGUUUCGGGUGCGAGGACAACCCCCAAGACGCCACUGUCUGUGCAGGACGAACUAAGAACAAGAGCUGAAUCUGUGCUGGGAAAUUUAAGAAAACAUAUACACAGCGCUGGAAUACGAGUCAGAGACGCUUCUGAUGGGGAGCAGGCCUUCCCUUCAGCCGAGGGCGGGGCUGUGUUUUGGGAGGAGGGUGGGGAACACACGAACGCCUCCCGAACUGCGGUCGUGAAGGUAGAAGGACCGCCGUCCAUUGCCGUGGAAUGCCAGCUGGCAGGCGCGCAGCAGUGGGAGUCAUCCCCCUCAGCGGCGCCCCCCGCAGGCCAGAGCGAUACGGGCGGCGUUGUCACGGCAACGGGCCCGGCGGAGUCUGGAGCCCAGGGAGCUGUGGAGGAAGAGAAUUCUUUCCCGAAACAGAAGUGCUCUGAAGAAGACCCUCGCCCGCAGCCCACACCUGAGGGGUCAGAACAGGACGCACGGGUCACACCUGUGAAAGAAGAACCUGUGACACUGCCCAUAACUGUAAAAGAGGGUGGGUUUACUGAACUCACACCUGUAAAAGAGGGCGGGGUUACUGAAUUCACACCUGUAAAAAAUGAGGGCGGAGUUACUGAAUUCACACCUGUUGAAGAGGGUGGGGUUAUAGAACCCACACCUGUAAAAGAGGGCGGAGUUACUGAAUCCACACCUGUAAAAGAGGGAGGGGUUAUAGAACCCACACCUGUAAAAGAGGGUGGAGUUACUGAAUCCACACCUGUAAAAGAGGGAGGGGUUAUAGAACCCACACCUGUAAAAGAGGGUGGAGUUACUGAAUCCACACCUGUAAAAGAGGGCGGUGUUACUGAACUCACACCUGUAAAAGAGGGAGGGGUUAUAGAACCCACACCUGCAAAAGAGGGCGGAGUUACUGAAUCCACACCUGUAAAAGAGGGCGGGGUUACUGAACUCACACCUGUAAAAGAGGGAGGGGUUAUAGAACCCACACCUGUAAAAGAGGGCGGAGUUACUGAAUCCACACCUGUAAAAGAGGGCGGAGUUACUGAAUCCACACCUGUAAAAGAGGGAGGGGUUAUAGAACCCACACCUGCAAAAGAGGGUGGAGUUACUGAAUUCACACAUGUUGAAGAGGGUGGGGUUACAGAAUUCACACCUGUUGAAGAGGGAGGGGUUAUAGAACCCACACCUGCAAAAGAGGGUGGAGUUACUGAAUCCACACCUGUAAAAGAGGGAGGGGUGACAGAAGUCUCACCUGUAAAAGGGGGUGGGGUUACAGAGCCCACACCUGCAGAAAGGGGCGGGGUAGCGCAGCCCUCUCCUGGGAAGGGCGGGAGGAAACGCAAGGCGGGGCCGGGCCCCGUGCCGCGGGGCUCCCGGCCCUGUAAGGCCCCGCGCGACCCGGGCCCCGCGCUGGCCCCUCCCCCUCGGGGCGCGGCCGUGGAGCGGGCGGGCGCGUGCGGGGGGGAGCGGACGCUGAGGCCCUGCUCCGUGCGCCUGGUGAACGUCCUGCUGAUCUUCGGCGGCGGCGGCGGCGGGGGGGUGCGGGGCCAGGCGGGCCGGGGCAGGAAGGGCGCGUCGCCCCUGCCCAAGGACCUGCGGCCGCACCAGCGCCUGCACACGGGCAAGCGGCCCUGCUGCUUCACCGCCUGCGGCAACGGCGUGUGGCGGCUGCAGUCCCGCGCCCACGCCUGCCAGCUCUGCGGCAAGAAGUUCAAGCGGCGCAAGGUGCUGAAGCGGCACCAGCGCUUCCACACGGGCGAGCGGCCCUACAGCUGCCCGCACUGCCGCAAGGCCUUCGCCCUGCGCAAGAACCUGCGGCGGCACGAGCGCUUCCACACCGGCGAGCGGCCGCACCGCUGCGCCCGCUGCGGCAAGGGCUUCCGGCUCCGCGCCAACCUGAAGAGCCACCUGCGCUUCCACACGGGCGAGCGGCCCUACGGCUGCCCGCUCUGCGCCAGGCGCUUCCGCGUGCUCCGCAACCUGCGCAGGCACCAGGCCGCGCACGAGGGCGGCGCCGGGCCGGCGGCGGCAAUGGCAAUGGUGGCGGCAGGGGCGGUGGCAGCGGAGGCGGAGGCGGCGGCGGCGGCGCCGAGGGCGGACCGACAGGCGGAGACACCGUAG